AUGUUAAGAAAUAAAUUUGAAGCUACACAAACAGUCAUCAGAAAAACUGAUAAAUCGAAAGUUUUCCAUAUUGGUAAACUUGAUGACUAUAAAGUGAAAGCUCAAACAUAUAUGACUGUAACUAAAGCAUAUCAAGAUUUGGGUACAGUAAACCCACUUGAACCUUUAGUUGAACGUACAAAUAAUUUUCUUUAUGGUUUAUGGCAUAAUAAACAUAUUACACAAAAACAAUAUGAAAAAGUAAAGGUUAAUAAAGAAGAGGCUGAAUUAGCUCACCUUUAUUUCUUACCAAAAGCACAUAAACCGGGAACACCUUUGAGACCUAUAAUGGCUGGUCUCAAAUCUCCAACCAUUGGCAUAUCGAAAUGGUUAGAUGGUCUAUUAAGACCUCUAUUCGAUCGAUUAGCAUAUGAGACAACCAUUUUGAAUGGGGUCCAAUUAAUUAAACAAGUUGAAAAAUGGUCGGCUACGUAUCUUACACCAGCCACAUCAUUCAUAACAAUGGAUGUUACUGAUUUGUAUACAAUGAUUCCUCAAGAAGGAGGAGUAACAGCCAUAAAAAGAUUGAUUGAAGCAUCUGGAUUAAAACAAAUCGAUGGUGUUAGAAAAGAGAUCAUAUUAGCUCUUACCAGAUUUGUUAUGACCAAUAAUUAUUUCUAUCUUGAUGGGUCAUAUUAUAAACAAAUACGUGGAGGAGCUAUGGGCUCUCCAUUGACCCUGACAAUAGCUAAUGCAUAUAUGUAUUUUGUUGAACGUCCUAUUUCGAAAUGGGCUAAUAGGACAUGUUCAAUAUAUUAUAGAUACAUUGAUGAUUUAUUUAUCGUGUCAAAUGUACAUGCAGAUAUAUUAAAAGGUCUUGUGAAUUUUUGGAAUAGACUUGAUAGUAAUAUUAAGUUUUCAGAAACCAUAAGACAGACUGCAGACUAUCUUGACGUUAGAUUUGUGAAUAGAGGAGAUACAGCCAUUCGUCAUAUGAAACCAAUUGUCGGUUCUAGAAGAUUAGAUAAUCUUCAAGAUUAUCUUGUUAGAAAAAAACCAGACAAGUCUCUACUAAAAAUUAAUAAACCACUUACCUAG